UGUGAAUUCCUGUGGAAAUCGGAACUUUAUCGACAAAAUUAAGGGAAAACUUACUUGAAACGAACGAAAUGUUCUCAGAGAAUAAGAAAACUGGAGAGAACUAGAGAGAACCGGCAAGGACACCGUGUAGAAAAGCGCGCGAAGUGGGGUGGCGCUGUCUCGUGUGCGCGGCGUGCGUGUGCCCCGGGACGCGCAAUGGCCGCCGUGACCCGACGUGCGGUGGUUCAGUGUCAAUCGUCCUUAAUUUUCCCGUUUUAAUUCGCCGCUCCACGCCCACGAAAAUGCGCGCUACCUCGGCGUGCAUACAGUCGACGAGACUCUACGACACGGUGUACCUCGGCGAUCGUCGUCGUUCUGUCCUCGGUCGUGCCAACGCCGUCUGUUCGCGGAUGUUCCGAUCGUCGUCGAGAACCGCCGUGGAUACCGACACGCGACCGUGCGUGUCGAAAAACUGCACAGUCGACGCCUGCUCUUCCUUGGUGGAUAACCGGCCGAAAAAGCCGUACCAGUGAACAUGAAUUCUCGACGUGUACCCCCGUCGAGCGGCUCUCGCGUCUCGUGAAAGUGGUUCCCCUCGGCGGAUCGACGCUCGAUUUUUAACCGCGCGGGAACAGUCCUCGCCGCGAGCAAGUGUCAAUUGACGGUUUAACUGGCGCAUUGAGAGAGAGUGGACGCAGGGGAAGCAGUGCGUUACUGACGACUGGUUGCGCGUGUUUAGUGCCGAAGGAAACGACUUUUCGACUUGUCAACGAACGUAACUCGUGCCGUUCGAAGAAGAUCGAAACGUCAGACGUAGCAAUCAGCUGUUUCAACGUUGGAAACGUCAUUGGCAAAUCAACGAGCCGUAAACUACUUAACGCAAGGAGCCGCGAGAAAUGUUACUUUCGUUUUUCGCGGGGAAAUCGUGUUUGAUCGAGCAACGAUUGCAAGAAUUGCAGGAAAAGUGUUGCAAAGCUACGAGCGUGCAGCCCGGUGGAACGAUCAAAUUGGAAGGAAAAAUCGAAGAGAUUCGUUAGAGGCGACGAACAAGUCACGAAAAGAACAUUUCCAAAGGAAAAGGAACUCAAAUAUCGAAGACAGAAAAAGUGGGAGAAGACAGGGAGUGUACUGACGAUACCCGGAUAAGUAAGAAUUUAGUUUCUAGGAAAAUGUCGUCGAUGCACAAGCAUAAUAAAAUACCUGCAAGGAAUAUGCCUAUAAAUAUUCAUGCAUAAAUCAUUGCGCGUAAUCUGUUGACUCGACGUUGCGCGAAAACCAGCUUCGAGCAGGAGAGACUGAGUCACACUGGACAAUAUCGUUAAAAAGUUUUAGGAAGAACAACGAGAGACAGCUAUAAAUAAUAUCGCGAUGUUGAAAAUAUUCGCCGAAACGAUCUAUAAAGGAAGAGAAUUGCAAAGAAUCUUCAACGAAUAGAAAUUGCAAGAGAAGAACUUGAUUGCGUUAUUUUUAUAAGAAAAAAAAAAAAAAAAAAAUAGAGAUGUUUUGAUAUUUUUUGAUAUUUUAAAUAGUCUCGCGAAAAAAGUGAGAAUACUUGCAGCGAAUUGCAACUUCGCUAGCGCGAUAUUCAACAAACUUGCCUCUAUUUACAAAGUGGAAAUAGCAGAGUGAGUCAGAGUGUACACGGGCAAGAGAGUUCACGAUGCAUUGAGGAGGCGCAAAUUGCGACUGCAUAACUCCGGAAACGAGACGAUCCUCAGUCAAUUUCUCGACCAUUAGCGAACAUUAGCCAAUUAUAACACGUGAGAUUUUCCAAGCGUUCCACGGCAAAGUGUAUCUCGUAGCGUUGCGAUCUCGUGGAAAAUAUUGGAGCAAUCUUUAUGAUCGCAAAACGCGACGAACUCCCGCUGAAAACAUGGCUACGGAGGGUGAAGAGGCACUAUCGGGGACACCUUGGUACGCGAAGUUCUUCGAAUAUUGGAGAAACAGGAACCGAGUAAAUCCGGGUAGAGUGGAACUUCCCGACUGCGACUUCUUCAUCGCUGGACCGCGGCGAACAUUGAGAGUCCUGAAACCAAGCUUGAAGACCUGUUGGUAUUACGAGAACACGAACGAAAGACCCGAAUCCAUCACCGACAAUUUCUUCACUCGCUGGUCCCGGAGGCCUCAUUCGUCCGGCAACUGCAGAUGCUCUUUUCGACAGUCAAAGCGGGCAAGCACUGCCGAGGAACAGAUCAUCUCCGACGAGUUAAACAGAAUCCGGACGAGCCUGUGCGAGGCGGAGAAGAGCGGACGGGCGAUCGAGGAACUCGAGCACAGGGUGUCGGCGAAUUUACAAAAACUGCAGGUUUCCGGUGGUGAAGAUGAAUCGGCCAGCAUGGAAGAAAAAGGUAUCUCUGGAACGAACCAAGCGAUCGACCAAGCAACUACUGUUAUGGACGAUCAACAAGCGGACGAGCAAACGAUGAAAAACAAAAUCGUGAAGGAUCUGGAGAAGUACAUUAACGUGCUGCUGGAAGAGAUAUUGGAUGACACGGUGAGGUACGUGGCGGCUGCGGACGACGCUCUUAUCAAGGAUGCGAGAAGCUCUAAAAAGAGAAACGAUCGUUCGACGUCGCGGCGAUCGAGCCGCGAUAAAGGGGAGCCGAACGAGGGGAAACCAACGAGCGAAGAGGAGCGCGUUACCGAGGAAUCGUUCGACGACAUCAGCUUCUCGUUUCAUUCGGGGAGAAUCGGGAGGAACGAGAAAGGAUCGGAUCGGCGAGUGAACAGCGACGACGCGUUGUUAAACGACGGCGAGGGAUACGUGAAUCGCGGUUUCAUCGGCACGAGCAACGAUCCCGACUCGUUGGACUUCUACCUGAGACGAUCGAUCGGUACGGAAGUCACACUGGAGCAGUUGGAUUGUGUCGAUUCCGGGAUAAACAGCGUGGAAACCAUCGAAUUCCAACCGGAUCAGGAGCCGAGCCUCGAGCAAUCCCUGUUGAAGAUCAUCGACGAGAAGCUCGGUAGAACAGCCCUGAGAAACAGUUGGGAGGAUUUGAGCGCAGGUGGCCGGGAGAACGAUGCUCACGGCCGGCCGACAAAGAGAACGGACGAGGAGACGGUGAUUCCGAGAAGUGGCGAGCAACUGAGCAACGAUCGAGGCACCGAGAGAUCGGAGGUCACCGGGAAGAAAGACGCGGAAAAGAGCGAGCCGCAGGAUUCGAGCGUUCAAACCGCUCGGGCAAUCGAUAUCUCGGCGGAUAAUCUCGAGCGUGGCGUGCCCGCGGUGGAUCUGAAGGAGUUGGAGGAAACUGUUAACGAGCCCAGUUUCGAGAAACUGCGGCUGGAAUUCAAGGACAACGGCAACGAGCCGUCCUUCGGGACCAAAAAGGACAACAACGCGAUCGCCAAGCUGCGAGGAAAGUUCGCCGUGACAUCGACCGACCACGAGGCUGAUCGCUGCUCUUUGGAAAAGAGCAGCUGGAAUGAGAAAAUGGGCAGGUUCGAGCUGAGGAAGGAGGCAGCCGCGUGCAUCGAACUCGAGGACUACAGAAAGACCUGGCCGAACAUCGAAGAGAACGCCACCCCUGUCGAAGAGAAUCCGCAAAAUUUGGUCACGUUUAGGAAAAAUCGAAAGCCCAUGAUCGUGUUCCUUCAUGGUUUCGGAUCCUCGGCGGAGAUUUUCGAGCACCAGCUUCGAUAUUUCUCGGCUCUGGGUUAUCCUUGUAUUGCGCCGGAUAUGCUCGGACACGGAAUGAGCUCUGCACCUGGACGAUCCAGAGAUUACCAUUUUAACAAACUGCUGAAGGAUUUGGACAGGAUACUGUGCCACUAUGCUUUCAAGCCUGGCCAGAAGUGCGUCCUCGUAGCGCAUAAUUACGGAUGUAGUUUUGCAGCUGCGUUAGCUUGCAAAUACAACAGCAGUAUAUACCAGCUAGUCUUGAUAUCCGGAGGUGGUCCAACACCUUUAGCAGCACCCAGUACCGAAAGCGCUGGUCACUGUUGUCUCAGAGCGAUUCUGGCGCCCUUUUUAAUGUGCGGCCUUCACAGAGACAUAUUAUAUUCAGCGAGGGGCCGUCAACACCCUUACUGCGGUCCCGAGCCGCCAGAGCAAUGGCCUUCGCAUAUGAAAUACGUUUUGGACGGCAUGGUCUGGCCGGAAGGAGAUUACGUGUUCCAUAGAAGGAUAUGUACACCGACGCUUCUCAUACAUGGCCUAAGGGACAACAAAGUGUCGCUCGUGCAGGAAUGCCAAAUGGAAAGGACCAUGAUGAAAGCUUUUCUUGAAGCGAUCCCAGCUGCUGGUCAUACCCCUAUGACUGAUUGCCCAAAGCAAGUUAAUCACAUGAUACACUGUUUCAUAGACUUGUGGAAAAACAAGAAAUGGUAGCGAAAAGAUAAAUAGAAACAUGUGUUUGCUAGAAAGACAAUUUGUGGACCAUGUAAUUGUACGAUUAUAUUUAAAUCAAUUUCUUUCUACGGGUAUUUCACUCAUUGUACAUGAAACAGAGAAAACAAAAGGUGAUGUUUGAUUUGUCAUGGCAAAUUGAGACAAAGACUAAGGUCUAUUGUACAUAAUCAAGAUUUUAUGGUAGUAAAAAUUCGUUUGUAUAGAGUGCUAUUUUAUACAAUUGAAAUGAAGUAAUCAAUUUUUGUAUAGUCAUUUUUUAAUGCCAUGUAGCAAGAAGAGAAACCAACAGGACGCUCGUGUUUAUAAAGUAUAAGUCUGCAGAGUAACUGUGCCAAAACGUGUACACGAUUGUUAGGUUAUUUCUCUUUGAAGAUCGAAUUUAAAGAUAUUUGUAAAUGAAAUUGUAAAAUACAAUAUGGAGGCUAUGCAGUAGCGUAUAAGUUAUACCAAAGAUGAUUUAUACAGUGUUAUUUUAUGUAUUCUACGAGAGUAUAACUUAUUCGUUUACAAUAAAGUUGUGUACAGAUA